CUUUUCUCUCUCUCUCUCUCUCUAAGUGUGGCUCUCAGCUGCCGAGGCGGAUGAUGAUGAUGAUGAUGGCGGAGCUGAUCCAGGGACAGGCCUCGGUGGCUCAGCCAGGCACGAAAGAUGACUUCGCAGACACGAUACGCCGGGUCCGACAGAUGGCAGCUAAGAUGGGAGGAGACCAGAUGCCCAACAUGAACAGUUCGUGUCCAGUCAUAGACCCCUCCCUCUAUGGCUUCGGGGGCCAAAAACGUUCUCUAGACAAUGGAGUAGGAAACCAUCUUGGUGCGUUGGUACAUCAAAGGGCUUUUACAACAGAAGACUUUAAAGUGCCUGAUAAGAUGGUUGGAUUCAUUAUUGGAAAAGGAGGAGAGCAGAUUUCAAGAAUACAGCAGGAAUCAGGUUGCAAGAUCCAGAUUGCCUCAGACAGUGGUGGCAUGUUGGACAGACCGUGCACUCUGACCGGAAGCCCAGAGAACAUUGAGCAGGCAAAGCGGUUGCUGAGUGAGAUUGUGGAGCAGUGUCGGUAUGGUCCCGGCUUCCACAACGACAUGGAUGGCAACAGCUCCAUUCAGCAGAUCCUCAUCCCUGCCAACAAAGUCGGCCUGGUCAUCGGCAAGGGAGGAGAGACCAUCAAACAACUGCAGGAGAGAACAGGAGUCCAGAUGAUAAUGAUUCAAGAUGACCCCAUGCCCACUGGAGCGGACAAGCCCCUCAGAAUCACUGGGGAUCCCCACAAAGUGCAGCAAGCACGCGAACUUGUGGUGAAGCUCAUUCGAGACAAAGACCAAGGAGACUUCAGGGCAGGCAGGCUGGACUUUGGGUCAAAAAUGGGUGGAAGCAGUCUGGAUGUGGUUGUGCCCAGAUUUGCUGUUGGCAUCAUCAUUGGCAGAAAUGGAGAAAUGAUCAAGAAGAUUCAGAAUGAUGCUGGCGUCAGGAUUCAGUUCAAACAAGAUGACGGAGUCAGUCCUGACCGCGUUGCUCAGGUGAUGGGCCAGCCCGACCACUGCCAUCAUGCUGCCCACCUCAUCAACGAGUUGGUCCAGACUGCUCAGGAGCGGGACGGAUUUGGCAUAAUGGGCCGCCGAGGGCGCAGUGACUGUAACAUGGGAGGAGCUGGAGGCCUGCAGGAGGUGACAUAUGCUGUACCUGCUGAUAAGUGUGGGCUGGUGAUUGGCAAAGGUGGAGAAACCAUCAAAAACAUCAAAGAGCAGUCUCGUGCCCAUGUGGAGCUGCAGAGAAACCCGCCGCCCAACACUGACCCCAAUGUCCGCAUCUUCUCCAUCCGAGGCACCGCUCAGCAGUUGGAAAAAGCCCGUCAGCUGAUCGAUGAGAGAAUUGGGGGCCCGGGGAUCGGCAGCAACAGCAACUUUGGGAUGAGUCCUUACAACCAAGGCCCAACUACUCCUCCUCAACAUGGACCUCAGAUGUUUAUGUCUGGAGGAUGGGGCACAACAUUUCAGAUAUGGCAGCCUCAGGGCCAGCAGGACCACAGUAAGCAUCUCCAAAGGAAUGGUCACAAUGGAUCCCAGACGGGCCAGAUGGACUGGGAGCAGUAUUAUAAAAAGCUAGGUCAGCAAAAUCAACCACAGAGCACCGCUCCAGAAUAUAACAAAACCUGGGGCCAGACAACAGGUCCUGGAUCUCAGCAGACUUCUAAUCCUGAGUACAACGCCUGGGUUGACUUUUACAGACAGCCAAUGGCCUUCUUCAACCAGGGCACUCAGCAGACACCAGCCCCGGGCCUUCAGGAUCACUAGAGAAGACGCCCAUGUUAGACUUGAAUCGGUGAACGGAUGAAAACAGCCCCCAACCCCUUUUUUUGUUUUUGUUUUUUUUUAACAGAGGGGGUUAUAGAUUUACAACGCCUUGAAGACUUUUUUUCUUAGUGAGAAACACUAGCUGUAGAAUUACUUGUAUGAUUAAAUAAUAUUUCUAAAAAUCAGGAACAUUUAUUUGUUACUAAAUGCUUAUGUACACUGUUAUUUUGGAUAGAUGGGAUCCCUUUUUGGACAUGAGAGAGCCGGGGUUUUUUUUUUUUGGUUUUUUUUUUCCUUGCUUAUAUUUUCCUGUCUUGACUCAGAUUGUAAUAGCCAAAAUGAACCCACAAGUUGUAACAUUUCAAAAGGCAAUAUAUAUAAUCUAUUUUUUCUAGUUAUGUAAAACCAUGAUUACUGUGCUUAGCAGUCUUGAAUACGGCUUUUGUCAUAUGUCAAAUGUUUAAAGAGUGUUUCAAAUGCUUUUUUUUUUUUUUUUUUUUUGUCCUUUUUACGUAAUUAAGUGAAAUGAAACUGUGAUGUUUUGUUACAGGAAAUGUAUUUUUGUUACAAGGUUCAAAACAAGAAUUGAUGUCCACCAGUGGCAGUGGUUCUAAUUUAAUUCCUCUUGUGCAUUGUAUGCUGUUUUUCAUUGUCAUUUUAUUGUUCUCUGGUAUAAAAAAGGUGCAAUAUCUUAUUUCACUUUUGAAACAAAGAUGGGUUUUCUCUAAUGUUUUGACAGACUUUUAACUUGUAGUUUUAAGAUGAUUUUUUUUCUUACUUUGAAAUGGAGAUGUCAUGGAUAAUUUAUUACAUUGAUCUGAAAUGAUAGGAUUUAGGGGGAUGUUGCAAAUAGCUUUUUUUGCCUUUACUACCUUGUAAAACGAUGUAUAUAUGCUCAUAUAUUUGACUGUUAAUUUAAGAUAUAUAUGUUUCAUAUAUAUAUAUAUAUAUUUACACUUAUAAAAUUGUUGUUCCUGUGAUAUCUGUGUUGCAGGAAGGUUGUCCCUCUUUUUUUCUGUUCUGUUUUCAUACUGAAAAUGUUCAAAGAUUGUGAAUGUGUGAUUUGAAAUUGGAUGUUGCAUCUUGUUCUGAAGACAAACAAGACGUGAUAGAUUUAUUUUUUUGUGUAUACUCUGUACCUGAACUAUUCAAGACUGCUAAGCUGCUGCAAUUCGUACCUGUGUAAUAAUUAAUGUAAUAUUUUUUUAAGUUACUUAUUUUAAGUAUUAUGAUAAUAAAAAAAACACAACUUUGUCUUAUUUGGUACCUCCCAGUUCGCCAGCGUCCCACUGAGCCCUGGCUGUAGACUCAGUGGGACGCUGGACUCAGUCCAAUGCUAAUUUUAAUUAAUUUUUUAUUUCUUUGUGUGAUCUAAUAUAAAUGAUGCAUCCUUAUGGAGAAUGAUUCUGGUAAUAAUGUCAUUUCUUAAUGAAAAGGGAUAUAUAAUUUCAAAAAUGUCUAAUAAUUAUGGUGUUUAUUUUCUCCUUGUGUGUACAGUUAACCAUGUAUUAAAAAAACAUCCAGACUACCUUUAUGUGUAAUGUUGAAGCUGAUUUUUCUGUUAGAUGAAUAUUAUAAACAUUUGGAUGUCUUUUGUUGUAUUCUGCUACUAAAGUGUUGAAACUAUCUGAGAGCUCUAUUGUGUGUAAUAACAGAUGCAAUUUAGAGAAUAUCUAUAUAGGCCAAAUGUAUGUUUUCAUGUUUUAUAAGCAGAAAAUAUAUAUUUUCUAUAGUCUACUGCCAGUUCUCAAAUUCAAAUAAAUUUUCCGCAAGCCUC